AUGAAUCUCGGCGAUUCCUAUCUGAACAAGGAACGGCCGCUCCAACAGCGGUGCACGAGCACCCGGCACGGCUCUCUCGCAUCGGCAAGGCUCGCUGCGUCAACAGCUCCGCAUCGCCCCGUGGCAUCGCCUCUCAACUUCCGCGACGUGCUCAACGUGCUCGGCGCCUACCCCGGCGACCCGGGCCCGCCCGGCUCCGACUGCGCGGCGGUCAUCGCCGCGCGCGGCGCCGGCGUCUCGCAUCUGAAGGUUGGCGACGCGGCGCUCGGGCACGGCCUGGCUGCGCUCGCCUCGGUGGCGCGCUCCGACUCGCGCCUGAUGGCUGCGAUCGACAAGUCGCUCUCGUUCGAGCAGGCCUGCACCUUGCCCACCACUUGGGCGACGGUGCACAUGUCGCUGCUCGCGGCCCGGCCGACCUCUGGCCACGACGUGCUUCUGCACGCUGGCGCGGGCGGCGUCGGCCUCGCCUCGCAAGAGUACUGCCACUUCAUCGGCAACCGCGCGAUGGCCGAUGUCGGUCGGCCGUACAAGCACUUCUAUCUCGCGCGCAUGGGCCUCACCGGGCGGCUGCUCAGCUCGCGCGACAUGGGUGCCUUUGCGCUGGGGGCGUCGAAGCUGCUCGGCUCCGGCCGGCUGCGCUUCUCGCUCAACAGCCUGUCUGCGGACUUCAUCGCGUGCACGUUUGCGCUGCUGCGGCAGGACGGCCGCCUGUGCGAGAUCGGCAAGCGGGCGGUGUGGAGCUACGAGCGGCACGCGGCGGCGUUGCACUCGAACUUCACGAUGAUCGCGCUCGACUCGACCAUCGACCAGAUGCCUGUCUGGGUCCGCGGUACUCUGCAAUUGCUCUCGGGCCGUGCGGAUGCGUUCGUGCUCCACGGCCUGCCGCUGCAGACCUUCGACCUCGAGAAGAACGUGCUCGAAGCAUUCCGCACGCUGCAGAGCGGCACCAACACCGGCAAGGUGGUAGUGCGCAUCCCGAAGACGGCCCCGACGCCGCCGCGCGGGGCCCACCUGCUGUCCGGCGGCACGGGCGGCCUCGGCCUGGUCACGGGCAAGUGGCUCGGCGAGAGCGGCGUCUCCUCGGUGGUGCUCGCGGCCCGCGGCGGCAAGGUCGCCCCCGCGGACGGCGAGAAGCUCAAGAAGAUCGCCAAGUGCGGCUUCAGCGUGGUCAAGUGCGACGCGGCGGAGCUGACGGACACGGCCCGCAUGGUCGGCGCCAUCCUGGCCAAGGGAUGCACGCUGGCGGGCGUGUGGCACGCGGCGGGCGUGCUGUCGGACGGGCUGCUGCGCGCGCAGAACUCGUCGACGGUCAAGCGCGUCUUCGCGCCCAAGGUCGCCGGCGCGUGGGCGCUGCAGCAGGCGGCCGCGACGUCGCCGCUCGACACGUACGUGCUCUUCUCGUCCAUCGCCGCUCUGAUCGGCGGCGGCGGCCAGUCCAACUACGCCGCCGCCAACGGCAUGCUCGACUCGCUCGGCGCCUGCCGGCGGACGCGCGCCAUGAACGCGACGUCGGUCGAGUGGGGCCCGUGGGCGGCCGUCGGCAUGGCGGCGGACGAGUCGAUCAACGCUCGCAUCCAGGCCAGCGGCAUCGGCCUCAUCAGCCUGGAGCAGGGCACGCUGGCCUUCCAGGCGACGCUGCAGCCUGCCGUGUCUGGCGUGAUGAGCCUGGCGGCCGGCUCGCUGGGCGGGCCGAUCAAGCUCUACUUCGACGCACGCGGCGCCGUCAGCAACUUGCGGGUGGUGUCGCAAGAGGAGGACGACUCCGAGCCGGUCCACGGCGAGGUCAAGCUGCACGUCGGCGCGGUCGGCCUCAACUUCCGCGACGUGCUCAACGUGCUCGGCGUGUACCCUGGCGACCCGCGCUCGGGGGAGAUCUGA